AUGUAAAUAAGAUUGCUUUAGACCGAAAGUAAAAGAUAUUCUCAUGCCAUGGAAUUGGGAAUAUAAGGGGCCGACAUUAUUCCAUUUUAAUGGCCUUCGGGGUGGCCCGUGGAUACUGGACUUUCCUUCAUCUUUUCUCCUUAUAAGAGUUUUUUAAAGGUCUCUGAGUAAGCUUCACACAGAUAGACAUAAAAUUAGACAGUUAAGUGAAGAUAAGGAACAAUGUCGGAUGAGGAGCACCAUUUUGAUCACAAGGCAGAUGCAGGGGCAUCCAAGACAUUCCCUCAGCAAGCUGGGACUAUUCGCAAGAAUGGUUACGUUGUCAUCAAGGGAAGGCCCUGUAAGGUGGUUGAAGUUUCAACCUCUAAAACAGGAAAGCAUGGCCAUGCCAAGUGUCACUUUGUAGCAAUUGAUAUAUUCAAUGGCAAGAAACUUGAGGAUAUAGUUCCUUCCUCCCAUAACUGUGAUGUUCCUGAAGUGACUCGUACUGAUUAUCAAUUAAUUGAUGUUUCAGAGGAUGGGUUUGUGAGUCUUCUGACUGACAGUGGUGACACAAAGGAUGAUCUCCGCCUCCCAACUGAUGAGCAACUUCUUUCCACGAUCAAGGAUGGGUUUGCUGAAGGCAAGGAUCUUAUUCUGACUGUUAUGCAUGCGAUGGGAGAGGAGCAGAUAUGUGCAGUGAAGGAUAUUGGAAAAAAUUAAAAGGAUUUUCCCUUGGUCUAUAUAGUUUUAAUAUUAUGGCUUUACCAGCAUUUUAUUCUUAUACCAUAAGGAGAUGCAAGAUAUGACAAACUGUGCAUCAUUCGACCUGACAUAUUAAGGGAAAGAAGUAACCCUUAUUCUGGAAACAUGUCUAGAAAAAUCAAUCAUGAUAUUUAUAAUUCUGCUCUUCUAAGUGUUCAAAUGUCAGGUAUUCUUUUAGUAAGUUGGGAAUGUUUCAGGUGAACCUUAAAGCUAUAUUGGAGAAUAAGAUUGAGUGCAAUGCACCUAUUUUUUAAAUAAAAUAUUUUAUACUGUAACAACAGACAGGUCAGUUUUAUUAUUACAAACAAUUCUUAUGCUAUAAAAGUCGCUUUGUACAGUUUU